AUCUUCUCAACUUCCUGUUUGAUUUGGAUGCAAUGUGACUGACCGAAGGCUUCGGCGAAGCUACGUGGUUAACUUUUAAGUAUUAUGUACAAAGUCCAACUUUGUGGCAAAUAAACAUGACGUUAAGCUCCCUGUCGUCUAUUAUAUCAUAACUGCUUUGCACAACCACCGACAAUGGCGAGUUCAACGAGGUCCAAAAUGAAAACAGCAAGUGUGAAGAAUUGGAACUGCCAGAAAGUCAAAGAAUGGAUAAAAAAUAAAGGAUUUCCACAAUAUGCGGAAACUUUCUGCGAUACCCACAAAAUAGACGGGCAGGUUCUGUUGUCUAUGACAGAGAAAGAUCUGAAACAACCCCCACUGCAACUCUCUGUUCUAGGGGACAUAAAAAAGUUAAUGUUUCAUAUUACAGCCCUACGCAGUGAAGUUUUGGGUUCUGAGAGUAACGAACUGGGCAGCACCGAAAACUCAUCCGAGGAUGAGCUAUUUACUGGGACACAGGACUUCAUUACCCGUAAAGUGAAAAUACACCAUUCUCAUCAUCUAGACCCUGAGAUCUGGAAAACUGUUCUGAGUUUUAUAUAUGUGUUUACUGUCUUUCUGAUCACUGCCUUCAUCAUGGUCAUAGUCCACGAGCGUGUGCCCGAUGUAGAGAAGUACCCCCCACUGCCCGACAUUUUCCUGGACAAUGUGCCAUUCAUACCCUGGGCCUUUCACGCUGCCGAGUUGAUUGGAAUGGGUAUGGGUGCAGUAUGGAUAACUACCCUUUUCUUCCAUAAGCAUAGAUUCAUCUUGAUGAGGAGAAUGUUUUCGUUGCUGGGAACCCUUUUUCUUCUGCGCAGUGUGUGCAUGCUGAUCACCUCUCUCUCAGUGCCAAGUGAACAUCUAGCUUGUGAGAAGAAGUCAUAUGGAGACAUUUGGGCCAAGCUAAAGCGAGCCUUUGAGAUCUGGUCGGGUCUGGGAAUGACCACGACUGGGGUGAGGACCUGUGGGGACUACAUGUUUAGUGGGCACACCGUCAUCCUCACCAUGCUCAACUUCUUUAUUACUGAGUACACUCCACGCAAACUGUACUACCUUCACACCUGUAGCUGGAUGGCUAACAUGUUUGGGGUGUUUCUAAUCCUAGCCGCACACGAACAUUACUCCAUCGAUGUUUUCGUUGCUUUUUACCUCACCUCACGACUGUUCUUGUAUUAUCACACGCUGGCCAACAAUCGAUCGUUGAUGGAUCGUGACAAAGGGCGCAGGCGCUUCUGGUUCCCCAUGUUCUCUUUCUUUGAAUCUAAAUGUGAUGGGGUGGUCCCAAAUGAGUUUGAAUGGCCAGUGCCAAGAAUGAUUGAGGGCAUUAAGAACUCAUUUGGGUAUGCUACGCCUCUUAAGCCUAAAACAAAUUGAGCUCAGGGAUUUGUGCUCCUUGUUUUCGUAUACAUGCUUUUUUUAAAAUGGGGAAUAUACAAUCAUGUUAAUCUUUUGAAUCAAUUUAUUUUAACAGAGGUUAAAAUUCUAUAUUACUUGUAAUAAUAUCAUUGUAAAUGUUUUGAUGUAUGUAUAUUUUGGUUUGAUUUAGGGCAAUAUGAGCUGCAAUUUUCAUAUUGAAGAUUCCAAAUAUAAGAAAUAUAAUUUACCAUACUACUGUAGCCAAAUUUGUCAUUAGAUCUAAAUCUACAAAACUUGGUUUGCUAUUUAUUCCAUGGGUCAGAAAUUUCCCCUUUCUGGUUAAAAAAUUUGAUUUAUCACUUCUGAAGGAAUUACUGGCAAGUUAAAAAUAUAGUCAUUAAAUGUAUACAUGUACAUGUACCAUAUUUUGCUGCAAAAUUAUUUUUUUUUAAAUUACAGCUCAUAUUGCUAUAUUGUUUAUUUCAGUUUUACAAAUUUACAAAAUAUUUUCACUUUAGACAAUAUUAUCAUAGCUAGAGGAAAAUCACUGAUGUGAAACCUAGCUAGAUUUACAUUUAUUACAGUUUGAUAUUACUUACCAGUAUAUGUUUGCUAACCUGAACAUAAAAUCAGUCCUCAUACAUGUAUGUGAUAAUUUUCUAGCCAUAAACCUGCUUUUUAUUUAAAAAAAAGAGAAAGGUGAUAUUAAAUAAGUGUUUAUUGAAUAUAAUGCAAGUAAUUUUUGUAAAGGUAGUGCUAAAUUUGCAUUUGAAUAUUGUAGAUGUAAUUGAGAAUUACAUUUAUACAUCUUAAUGAAAUAGUGAGGAACAGCCUUUCUUUUAUAAAAUAGGAGAGGAGUGCAUUGUCUCCCUUUGCUUCUAUCCACACUGUAGAGUCAUUUGAAUUGUGGGGGACAAUUUUCAUGGGUUAUUAGUUUUUCAAAAAGUUUGUUUGGUUGUUAUUUCAGGGAUUUGCCUGUAAUUAUAAGAAUGAAUACUUUGAGUUAUAUAAUUUAUGAGAAUCUUAAUUCAUGGAUUAGGGGUACCCACAAAGUCCAUGAAAAUUGAGCCCCCACAUUUCAUAAAUGAUUCCAAAAAAUUACUAUUUGUGACAAACGAGAAACCAGGGUCUCAAAUUAAAAGAUAUGAAAUGCUGAUUAAAAAAUCCUUAGCACACAGAAGUGAUACUGAAUUAUCAAUUUCCCUAUGAUGACAACCUUUGAAUUACCUGGUACUAACAUACAGAAACAAUCACUCAAUAAGGUUGAUAGCAAGUUCCUUUGUAAGGGAACAUCCUAAAUAUUAAUGUUUAUCAUAGGAUACCAUUAUCAUUAUGUGUAUUCUUCUUUUAGUUUUUAUUGAUGUAGAAAAUUUUGAAAUACAUAUAAUGUACCUUGACAUGAACAUGUAAUGUACUGUACUGGAUGUAGAAUAAGCAAACUAACGGUUGCAGUAUUGACUUAACUAUGCCAUGCUUUAAACAAAUGAUAAUGGAAGAUGGUUUAUUUAUUUUUUGCACAUAUUGUUUACUUUACAUUUGCUGAACAUAUUUUACCAUGCAAGUGCCAUGUAUGCUUUAUAUACUUAUUGAAGAGCAUGUACAAAUAAACAAGUUUGGAUU